AUAGGCAUUUGGCCAGAAUCGAGAAGCUUCGACGACCAUGGUUACGGCCCCGUCCCAUCCCGUUGGAAAGGAACGUGUGAAGUAGGUCAAAACUUCACCGUCAACCACUGCAACCGCAAGAUCAUCGGUGCAAGAUGGUACGCCGGAGGCGUCGACCCUUCUCUCAUCGAAGGAGACUACCAGUCUCCCCGGGAUUCCGAGGGCCACGGAACGCACACGGCUUCCACGGCAGCAGGCUCGUUGGUGACUGAUGCGAACUUCCAUGGUCUGGGCGCCGGCACAGCCAGAGGAGGAGCUCCUCGUGCCCGGCUAGCAAUCUACAAGGCAUGCUGGGCAAAAGUAGGUUGUCCCGACGCUGCUGUGCUGAAGGCGAUAGACGAUGCUAUCCAUGAUGGUGUGGACAUCUUAUCACUCUCACUUGGGGCCAUACAUUUCUCAAUCUUUGCUUCCAUACAUGCGGUAGCAAAUGGAAUAACUGUGGUCUUCUCUGGAGGCAACGAUGGUCCCGUUCCCCAGACCAUUUCUAAUGACCUGCCGUGGGUGAUCACGGUGGCAGCCAGCACCAUCGAUCGAUCGUUUCCUACCCUCCUAACCCUCGGAGAUAACCGAACCGUGGUGGGACAAUCCAUCCUCUAUGAAUCCACCGAUGAAGGAUUCAAAGAGCUAGUAGAUGGUGGGAGUUGCUCGCGGGACGUUCUGAAUUCGAGUGAUGUAGUCGGAAAGAUUGUGCUCUGUUACCAGCUUGCCAUCGCCUCAAGCUCUCCACCCAGGCGACACUUUCCACUGGCUGCCAGUAAUGUUCAGGAAGCAGGAGGGAAGGGCAUUAUCUUUGCACAGUACUCCGCCAACAUCCUAAGCUUCAUCGACGAUAUUUGCAACGGCACCGUUUGCGUCUUUGUAGAUUACGAGAUCGGCAAACAAAUAAAAGAUUAUGUAACGAAUACAAGAUCCCCGCUGGUGAAGGUGAGCCUAACACAGGAUAAGGUCGGGAGUGGAGUUAUGUCGCCCAGGGUCGCAGCUUUCUCGUCGAGAGGGCCGAGUAUAUUGUUCCCAGCUCUAGUCAAGCCCGAUAUCACAGCUCCCGGAUUCCUCAUCCUGGCCGCAGUGAAAGAUUCCUAUAAGUUUGAGUCUGGAACAUCGAUGUCUUGUCCCCAUGUCUCUGGCGUAGCAGCUCUUCUUAAAGCAGCACAUCCCCAGUGGUCUCCUGCUGCCAUCAAAUCAGCACUCGUCACAACUGCUCAUACGGCCAAUGCAUACGGCUUCCCCAUAGAAGCAGAGGGAGUUCCUCGAAAGCACUCUGAUCCUUUCGACUUUGGCGGCGGUCAUAUCGAUCCUAACAAAGCCGUUGAUCCCGGGCUUAUUUAUGACGUCGAUCCCGAAGACUACUUCAAAUUCUUCAACUGCACUUACGGUCCGUCGACCACUUGUGACUUGGUGGACAGUCGACUGUAUCACCUGAACCUGCCCUCCAUCUCCAUUCCUGACCUGAAGAAGAGACAACUGACGGUGUGGAGAACCGUGAUCAAUGUGGGGGACACGGAUUCCAUUUACAGGGCAAUGUUGGAGUCUCCUUCGGGUGUCAACAUGGUGGUCGAGCCUUCUCUUCUCCAGUUCAAUGCUUCCACGACGACGCACACUUUCGCGGUGAUGUUCACACUGCUUCAGAUGGUGCAAGGGGACUUCAACUUCGGAAGCUUGACAUGGCUUGAUGAUGGGAAGCACGCAGUAAGAAUUCCUAUCGCAGUUCGAGUGAUCAUUCAUGAUUCCUUCUCUGAUACCUUAGCGCCAUUGCAGGAACGCUGCUCCUCCACAACCACAAGCAAGAUGGGUUCCCAACAUCUUCUAUCCUCUAUGCUUCUACUUCUCUUCCUAUCAAGCUUCAUCCAAAUGGCAGCACUUGGACGUACUCCAUCAUCGACCAAGCUGCUUUACAUAGUGUACAUGGGAGAGAGGCAACACGAAGAUCCAGAUCUUGUGACUGCGUCGCACCAUGAUAUGCUGUCUUCCGUACUGGGGAGCAAGGAGGAAGCCGUGAGUUCAAUUGUCUACAGCUAUAAGCAUGGCUUCUCGGGCUUUGCAGCCAUGCUUACAGAAUCUCAAGCACACCAAAUUGCAGAAUUGCCGGAGGUGAUCAGCGUCAAUCCAAGCCGCAGCGUUCCGCUGCAUACUACACGAAGCUGGGACUACCUUGGUCUUGGUUAUGAAAAACCCCAAUCCACAGGACUACUUCGAAGAGGCAACUUCGGCGAUGGCAUCGUCAUCGGUGUUGUCGACUCAGGCAUUUGGCCGGAGUCGAGAAGCUUCGACGACCAUGGUUACGGCCCCGUCCCAUCCCGUUGGAAAGGAACGUGUGAAGUAGGUCAAAACUUCACCGUCAACCACUGCAACCGCAAGAUCAUCGGUGCAAGAUGGUACGCCGGAGGCGUCGACGAUUCCGACAUCAGCGUAGACUACCGCUCUCCCCGAGAUUUUCAGGGCCACGGAACCCACACGGCUUCCACCGCGGCCGGUUCAUUCGUGCGAAACGCGAGCUUCCAUGGCCUCGGCGCCGGCGUAGCAAGAGGAGGCGCUCCUCGUGCCCGGCUCGCCAUAUACAAGGCGUGCUGGGGAAGCAACGGAAGGUGCCCGGAUGCCGCCCUUCUAAAAGCGAUAGACGACGCAGUGCAUGAUGGUGUGGACAUCUUAUCACUCUCACUUGGGGGCUUACUUCACCCAAUAUUUCCUUCCAUACAUGCGGUAGCAAAGGGGAUAACUGUGAUCUUCUCUGGAGGCAAUGAUGGUCCCGUCACCCAGACCAUUGGUAAUGACCUUCCGUGGGUGAUCACGGUGGCAGCCAGCACCAUCGAUCGCUCGUUUCCUACCCUCCUAACCCUCGGAGACAACCGAACCGUGGUGGGACAAUCCAUCCUCUAUGAAUCCACCGAUGGAGAAUUCAAAGAGCUAGCAGAUGGUGGGAGUUGCUCGCGGGACGAUCUGAAUUCGAGUGAUGUAGUCGGAAAGAUUGUGCUCUGUUACGAGCUUGCCAGCGCCUCAAGCACACCACCCAAGCGACACUUUCCACUGGCUGCCAUUAAUGUUCAGGAAGCAGGAGGGAAGGGCAUUAUCUUUGCACAGUACUCCGCCAGCAUCCUCCACUACAUCGACGAAAUUUGCAACGGCACCGUUUGCGUCUUUGUAGAUUACGAGAUCGGAAAACAAAUAGAAGAUUAUGUAACGAAUACAAGAUCUCCGCUGGUGAAGGUGAGCCUAACGCAGGAUAUGGUCGGGAGUGGAGUUAUGUCGCCCAGGGUCACAGCUUUCUCGUCGAGAGGGCCGAGUAUACUGUUCCCAGAUCUAGUCAAGCCCGAUAUCACAGCUCCCGGAUUCCUUAUCCUGGCCGCAGUGAAAGAUUCCUAUAAGUUUGACUCCGGGACUUCCAUGGCUUGCCCCCAUGUCUCUGGCGUAGCAGCUCUUCUUAAAGCAGCACAUCCCCAGUGGUCUCCUGCUGCCAUCAAAUCAGCACUCGUCACAACUGCUCAUACGGCCAAUGCAUACGGCUUCCCCAUAGAAGCAGAGGGAGUUCCUCGAAAGCUCGCCGAUCCUUUCGACUUUGGCGGCGGUCACAUCGAUCCUAACAAAGCCGUUGAUCCCGGGCUUAUUUAUGACGUCGAUCCCGAAGACUACUUCAAGUUCUUCAACUGCACUUACGGUCCGUCGACCACUUGUGACUUGGUGGACAGUCGGCUGUAUCACCUGAAUCUGCCUUCCAUCUCCAUUCCCGACGUGAAGAAGACACCACUAACGGUGCGGAGAACCGUGACCAAUGUGGGGGACACGGAUUCCAUUUACAGGGCAAUGGGGGAGUCUCCUCCGGGUGUCAACAUGGUGGUCGAGCCUUCUCUUCUUCAAUUCAAUGCUUCCACGACGACGCACACCUUUGCGGUGACGUUCACGCCGCUUCAGAUGGUGCAAGGGGACUUCAACUUCGGAAGCUUGACAUGGAUUGAUGAUGGGAAGCACGCAGUUAGAAUUCCUAUCGCAGUUCGAUUGAUCAUUCAUGAUUCCUUCUCUGAUACCUCCUAAGUCUGGUGGAGGUAUCCGCUCUAUGUCGAGUACCAUGGCAAUAAGUUUGUAUGUUGAAGUCGUAUGGAGAAUAAAAAUUAACGUGGUACGUUGCUCUUGUA